AUGAAUCAACGUCACAAGAUAUUCCAGAAAAUAUUCCGGAAGCUAUUCCAGAAGAUUUGCCUUCGGAUCCUGGCGAUAGGAAACAUAUUUUGGACUAUCAUCCUAAUGAAAGAGAUGAGAGAUUACACUGAAAAUAAAGGUGGGAGUGAUACGUUUGUGACGAAAGGUUUCGAUACUUGGAAAAAUCCUCAGAGUUUACGCGAACACGUGGGAUUGGUGAAUAGCUUUCACAAUAAUGCAUUAAAAAGGGCUGAUUGUUUGAUGAGGCAAGUACGACAAGGAUUACCUUUUCGAGGCCAUGAUGAGUCAGUGGAUUCAGCAAACAGGGAGAAUUUCUUAGAGCUUGUGAAAUAUACUGCAGGGCAAAAUGAGGCUGUAAGUAAAAUUGUGUUGGAGAAUGCUCCAAAAAAUAAUCAGAUGGCAUGUCCCAAAAUUCAAAAAGAUAUAGUGCAUUGCUUUGCGGAAGAAGUGAUUAGAUCUAUAAUUCAAGAAGUUGAUCAUGAUGUAUUUUGGUUGAUGGUGGAUGAAUCUGCAGAUAUUUCUGAUAAAGAACAAAUGGCAGUGAAAACAUUUUUUGCAUCUCUGAAAUGUGCUAUUGAUUCAUUGUUUGCUAAACUUGGAUUGAGUAUAAAACAGUUAAGAGGACAAGGCUAUGAUGGUGCAAGUAAUAUGAAAGGUGAAUUCAACGGGUUGAGAUCUCUAAUUUUGAGAGAAAAUAGUUCUGCAUAUUAUAUCCACUGCUUUGCGCAUCAGCUUCAGUUAGUCGUCGUGGCAGUUGCUAAAAAACAUUUUGAAAUUGGAGAUUUCUUUGAUAUGAUUUCUGUCUUGAUAAAUGUGGUUGGAGCUUCUUGUAAGAGAAAGGAUAGGGUUCGAGAUGAAUUUCGGAAAAAGCUGGAGGAAAGAAUCAAUCAAGGUGAAAUUAAGACGGGAAAAGGAUUGAAUCAGAAACUUUCACUACAGAGACCCGGUAAUACUCGUUGGGGUACUCACUACACAACAUUACUCCGGUUAGUUGAUUUAUUCUCUGUUAUCAUUAAAGUGCUUGAGUGGAUCGAAGAUGAUGGAACUGAUAGUACCAAAAGACGACAAGCUAAUGGUCUUCUCAAGUACUUUAAUACCUUUGACUUUGUGUUCUACUUACAGUUGAUGUUGCUUAUUCUUGGACUCACAAAUAGUUUAUCAGUGGCUCUACAAAGGAAAGACCAAGACAUUCUGAAUGCUAUGUCACUAGUGAAAUCCACCAAGCAACAGUUAUUCAAGCUCAGAGAUGAUGGAUGGGAUUCUUUUCUUAAUGAAGUUUUUUCUUUUUGUAAGGAUCAUGACAUUGAGUUUGUCAUUAUGGAUGGAGAAUUUGUUGAUCCAAGAAAGCCAAGAAAAAAAAGCAACAUGACCAACUUGCAUCAUUAUCAAGUGGAGUGUUUUAACACUGUAUUGGAUAUGCAAAUUCAGGAGUUUAAUGAUCCAAACACUUCUCUCUUUGCCAGAGAUUUUAAUUCUGCAUCUAUGGCUUCAUUCCAUUUUGGCCAAUCACUUCUUUGUGUACACUCUUCAAUAGAUGUUGGUUCAUGA